GAGGCGGGGAAGCAGCCGGAGCGCGACCGCCGCGGCAGCCACCGUGCAGCCGCGGGUCGGAGGCGCAGUCCCUAGGCCCUGGAGCCCGGCCCGGCCCCUGCGGAGUCGGCGCCGUGCCCCUAGAGCUGCCACGCCGGCCCCUGCCCUGCGCGAAGGGCGCGGAGAUAGAAUGAACCAGUAGUGCACUGUGAACCUGGCUUGAAGAAGUUCUGUGUAAUUUAGAGAUUAUUUUUGCCUUGCUGCUCAAAGAGGGGUCUGCAGACCAGCAGCAUCGGCAUCACCUUAUUGGAAAUGCAGAAUCUUGAGCCUCACUCCAUACCUACUGAAUCAGAAUCUGCGUUUUAACAAGAUUCUCAGGAUAUCCCUGGUGAUCUUGGAAGAGUCCAUAUCAUGGAAUCGAUCUCUAUGAUGGGAAGCCCUAAGAGCCUUAGCGAAACUUUUUUGCCUAACGGCAUAAAUGGCAUCAAAGAUGCAAGGAAGGUCACUGUCGGUGUAAUUGGAAGUGGGGAUUUUGCUAAAUCUCUGACCAUUCGACUUAUUAGAUGUGGCUAUCAUGUGGUCAUAGGAAGCAGAAAUCCUAAGUUUGCUUCUGAAUUUUUUCCUCAUGUAGUAGAUGUCACUCAUCAUGAAGAUGCUCUAACAAAAACAAAUAUAAUAUUUGUUGCUAUACAUAGAGAACAUUACACCUCCCUGUGGGACCUAAGACAUCUACUUGUGGGUAAAAUCCUAAUUGAUGUGAGUAAUAACAUGAGGAUAAACCAAUACCCAGAAUCCAAUGCUGAAUAUUUGGCUUCAUUAUUCCCGGAUUCCUUGAUUGUCAAAGGAUUUAAUGUUGUCUCAGCUUGGGCACUUCAGUUAGGACCUAAGGAUGCCAGCCGGCAGGUUUAUAUAUGCAGCAACAACAUUCAAGCUCGACAACAGGUUAUUGAACUUGCUCGUCAGUUGAAUUUCAUUCCUGUUGACUUGGGAUUAUUAUCGUCAGCUAGGGAGAUUGAAAAUUUACCCCUGCGACUGUUUACUCUCUGGAGAGGGCCAGUCGUGGUUGCCAUAAGCCUGGCCACAUUUUUCUUUCUUUAUUCCUUUGUCAGAGAUGUGAUCCAUCCAUAUGCUAGAAACCAGCAGAGUGACUUUUAUAAGAUUCCUAUUGAGAUUGUGAAUAAAACCUUGCCCAUCGUUGCCAUUACUCUGCUGUCCCUAGUAUACCUAGCAGGUCUCCUGGCAGCUGCUUAUCAGCUUUAUUAUGGCACCAAGUAUAGGAGAUUUCCACCUUGGCUGGAGACCUGGUUACAGUGUAGAAAACAGCUUGGAUUACUCAGUUUUUUCUUCGCUUCCGUCCAUGUUGCCUACAGCCUCUGCUUACCAAUGAGAAGGUCAGAGAGAUACUUGUUUCUCAACAUGGCUUAUCAGCAGGUUCAUGCAAAUAUUGAAAACUCUUGGAAUGAAGAAGAAGUUUGGAGAAUUGAAAUGUAUAUCUCCUUUGGCAUAAUGAGUCUUGGCUUACUUUCCCUCCUGGCAGUCACCUCCAUCCCUUCAGUGAGCAAUGCUUUAAACUGGAGAGAAUUCAGUUUUAUUCAAUCUACGCUUGGAUAUGUUGCUCUACUCAUAAGUACUUUCCAUGUUUUAAUUUAUGGAUGGAAACGAGCUUUUGAAGAAGAGUACUACAGGUUUUAUACACCACCAAACUUUGUUCUUGCUCUUGUUUUGCCCUCAAUUGUAAUUCUGGGUAAGAUCAUUUUACUCCUUCCAUGUAUAAACCGAAAGCUAAAGAGAAUUAAAAAAGGCUGGGAAAAGAGCCAAUUUCUGGAAGAAAGUAUUGGAGGAGCAGUUCCUCAUCUCUCACCAGAGCGGGUUACAGUGAUGUGAUGAUAAAUGGUGCUCGCUGAUGCCAUAUAAAGUUCUGCUCAUGCCGUUAUUUUUACGACUUCCUUUACGUUCAGUUGCAAGUGCACUGUCAAGUUGCUGUGGGCUGAAACCUGUUCGAUGAGAUCUCAACCAAAUUAGUGGUAGAAUUUUCUUCAUACUAGUUUUCACAAAUGUCAUAUUUUGCCAAUAUGAAUUUUUAUAGUCAAUUUAUUGUUGAAAUUAGGUAUGUUUUGUUUUGUACAAGUGUAACACUAUUGUUAUUUUAACAAACUAUAUUCCAUAAUCAGGCAAAAUUAUUUAGUUAAUAAUAUAGAUAAAAUAUAAUGUUAAAAAUACUUUGCAAACCAGCAGAGGUUUUAAUAUAAUUCAAUGAAUAUAUGUUUUUUUCUGUAGCUUAAAUAAGGUUUUAAUUAUUAUCUAGCUUAAAUAAAAAUGCAUAAGCAUACAUUAUUUUUAAGAAAGGACACAUUACAUUGACAUCUAUGUACGGGUCAUGGUAACAUUCCUAUAUUUCUCUCCUGAGAUAGAGUUUGAAGAAUGUAAUUAAUUGUAUGAACCAAUGUGAUUUGUGAACAAUCACAAAUUAAAAAGACAAAUUGAACCUGAAAUUAUACUUAAAAUGCAUUGGAGACAAUACAAACUGAAAAUGUGUACCUCAUGAAAGAUUUUGUUCUUUAUCUUCUUAACAGAGCAGUUUCAUUUGCAUAUUAAUAUGUCAUUCAGGGAGAAGACAGUAGUAUUUGGCCUCCAAGACUGAUUUUUCUAAUAUAGUACCAAUCCUGGGAAUCUUAUAAUUGUUUCUAGUUAGAGGGAAAGUGUUAAGUUUACACACAAGUAUGUAAUUUGGCCUUAUUUGUGUAAAAUGUCAACUGCUCUGUGUUGUUGCCCCUUCGCCCGUUACCACUCUGUAUGGUAUAGGAUUUUACUGCUGCUCAUCGAGGGAUUAUAACAUGCCAGGCACUGUUCUAAGCACUUUACUUGUAUUGUCCCAUUUAAUAUGUACUGACAGCAGCCCCAUGCCAGGGGUGGUUAUUAUCCUCAUUUUACAUAUGAGAAAAUAGAAGGAUAAAAACGUUAAGUAAUUUGUCCAAGGUCACACAGCAAGUUCCAAGCCAGCAUUCUAGGCAGUCAUAUUUCAGAGGCUGUGGUUUUAACCACUAGCCUGUAUGGCACCUGCUCCAUCCCCAUGCAUCACAUUCAUGAUGCCAGUCUAGAUGCUUCCUCUUUUGUCUAAAGGCUUUGACAUUCUUUAGAGUGGGUUGUGGGUAUCCAAAGAUAUAGGGAAAUAUUACAAUCAUAAAUUUAUUAUUGCUUGUGAGAUAAUCCACAGUUUGUUACCCUGGGGGAGGCUCUUGCCUGGAGACCCAUGGCGGUCCAUAAGCCUCUCUUUGCAGUGAGGGACCCCAUCAGAGAUAGGACCAUAGCAGUUUUAAUGAAUGGCUGAGGUCCUCCAGAAUCUUAAAAAGUCUCUGUAGAGUUGAUCAUCACUUUUUCUCUUCCUGAGAAGUCCUCUCGCCUGCUCAGUCAUCCAUUAGAGAGCGGUUUGCAGUCAUAAACGAUUGUAGGAUAAGUGGUUAGUUAUAAAUCAAUUCUAGAGACGUAUAAUUAUACAACUUAUUCAUAAAAUUUUUCAGUGCUGACAUUCCACAUUAAAAUUUCACUUCAUUCAUUUCUAACUUUGGUUAGAAUGCCCUACAUUUUUUUCCAUUUGCUCUUUCCUUAUUAAAAUAGGAAGUUGCAGACAAGAUACAAUUAUAUGCAUUCCUCUUCCAAAAAUUAUAACAUGUCUAAACUUACCCACUGAAGUACUACUGAAUCCAGCUGCCACCAAUAAAAGGACGUUUACUAAGUGGAGGCUCGAUUUCCCACCAAUGGCCCUUUCCCUGCCGCAUCCUGUCAGUUUGGUAAAUCACCCAUGAUUCUCUGAUGUUCUCUUCUUGGUGAAUUUUAAUAUCUUGAACUUUUAAAUUGAGCUCUCCAUUUUCUUUGUUUUAAUUAUAUUCUUCCCCUCUUGAUAAUUACUUGUCAGAUCUUAUAAGAAUUCAGUUGAGUGAUAACUUUGAAGGGUAAACACCUAUAAACCAUUGUAAUGGAUUAGUGAAAUUAACAGCAUAUUUUCAAUGCUUUCUUGUUCCUUCUCUCUUAAGACCAUGCUUUCUCCAUUUAAUGUGAAAAUACAAUGAAAUAUUUUUAAAACUUAAAUGACUAUUGAAGUAUAUUGUUCCAUGUAUAUAUUAAGUAGCCAAUAAUAUAAAUAAAAUUAUCACUACAGAUAAAUGGGGCCUUUGAAAAUAUAAAAAACAAAAUUUAUGAAAAUGGAUGUAAGAUGUAAGUGCUGUUUCAAAUGGUAAUAUCUCCUUUUCAGUACUACAAAGAUGAAAUAAUUUUGAAGUUCUAGAAUAAAAGCGUAAUAUAUUCAUUAUAAUUCUAAAUGUUUAAAAGCCUUUCAAAAAUGCAAAAAUAUUAGUUGACUUUUAAUUGCUUUAUUUUACUAUUUCCUACUUGAUUAUUUUCUUAAUCAUUAUUUCUCAUAAUUUCUUUUUUUAAAUCAUUACUCUGGCCUCAGAAAUAGGACUGAGUUCUGCUCUUGGUAGAUGUGAGAAAGUGGUGGGAACUUUAAAGUAGCGAAGGUUUGUUUCCUAAUCUGUAUUUUGAGAAGUGCCCCUGAGAAAAUUAUAAGAAUGUAGAAAAUAUACCCAGUCUUAAUCCUAUGCAAAAAAAUCAAGUAAUUUUCUCCUAAGAGGAAAAUAAUCAUGGAGUGAAUCAUGCUAUUUAGCUUUUGCAUGCAGACUUCAUGUCUCCUCUAUUAAGAAUGUUUAAAAUCAUGUCUAAAUAAGAAUAUAUUCAUGCUAACGUAUAUUUUUCAAAGCAUAUAUGGAAAUUUAGCCUAGAUUGUCUCCAUGUAGAGAUUUUUAUUUAAAUUUAAAGUAUGAAUAAAUUAUAUUUAUAGGCAUUUGUCAGAGAUAAUUAUUUUGUGUGCUAUAUUGGGGAUUGGCUAAUGAGCUCCAGUAUUAAACUACCUGAUUAAUUUCUUAAAAAUUAGCCUAAUCUUGACUUAAGGAAUUUUACUUUCAAAAUUAAUUUGAUAAUAGUAAUUAAGUAUAGUAAUUUAUGAAUAUACUUACAGUCCAGUUAUCAAAAUUGUAUAAAAGGGCUUCAAGAAUCUAUCAUAUCCAAUUUUUGUAUCAUUUCUUGUGUAAUAUAAUAAAACUUUAAUUCUUUUCAGUUGCCUUUUGCCAUUAAACUAUUUCAUAAUUCUAUACAGUUUUCCUCCAAAAAAGAGGCUUAUUUGUGAAAUUUAAGGUUUCUUAUGUGAUAUUUUAAAUGCAGAACCAUAAACAUAAUUCAUAAGUAUUUCUUUCAGAAUACUAUGAAUGUUGAACCUGUGUCAGUAUAUAAAAUCUGUUUUGAAAUAAGAAUUUAAACAGUCUAAAAUGUCAUGUUGAAAUUGUUUUGUAAAUUCAUGAUUUAAAGCAAUGCUAUAAAUAGUAUAACACACCUCAGUCCAGUGUUAAGAUUUAUAUUUAUGAUGUGUCAUCAUGAAAAUGAGAUGCUCCACCCCCACUUGUUCAUAAGUCAAUAAAACAACUUCUGGUAUAUAUUCAGAAUAUGUAAUUGCUCUAAAUGAAACUGUAAUCUAAUAGAAAUACAAUCUGUUCAUACCUUUGAACAGUGAAUUUUACAGGAAUGAAUAAUUUUUUUAAUCUAAGAAAAUUAAAAACUAAGUUCUAAUAUUCAGAGAUUCUGUCCAUAUGAUAGCAAAAAAUGUUUAGUUCUGCCUAACACAUGCACAUAGUGAGUUUUUUUAACUUUCCAAAUGAUUGGAUUUCCAUUGUGCAGUCAUCCAUAAUUAGGGCAGACUAUAUGGAUUCUCCCAGUGGCUAGAUGGGCUAAAUUAAAUCAUCACAGCAGGUGCUUUUGUAUGAUUUCCAAAUUGUCAGCUUCAAGGAAAUGUUCUCUUAAGAUUUUCUUUAAAGGUCUUUCAUAGCUUUGCAGAUAUCCAGCCUGAACUGGUACUAGAAGUUGUCUCCCAAUGUCUAGUUACCCUUCUUGUUUAAAAGCUGCUGCCCAUCACAUUACUCAACUGCCCUUCCAGCUGGGUGUUCCCAUGUGCCUGAGUGUUGGCCAGUGAGAUAUAGGAAGACGUAUGAGUGACUUCUUGGAAGUCUCUUCAAAGAAAGUGGCAUGUGUUCUUUAUCUUAUUCCUACAUCUUGCUGCUGGAAUUAUAGCUCUAACAGGAACCCUGGCAAAUAUCCAAGAGGACCAAGGCUACAUGAUAAGGAAGGCAUGUUGGAGACUAAAAAGAUCUUGACUACUUCAUUACUUUGACUGCCUUUUCCUUUAUUUAAGCCAUUGUAAAUUUGGGUUUCUUUAUAGGAAGUCAAAACUAAUCCAUUCUGGCCUUCAAUUCUUUGUCAUGAUAUUAACACUGUUUGAAUAAACUAGAUUGCAAUAAUUCUUACCUUUAAAAGUUUUUAAAGGAUAAUGUACAAUUCACAUUAGAAUUGAUUUUCCAUUGUUAAUUAUACUCAUUUUCUUGCCUCGGUCUUUCAUUAGAUAUUUUGUAUCUGCUUGGAAAAUAUUGUCUUCUUUGUAACCCUGUAAUAGAUAUUUGCUAAAACUCUGUAAUCUCCUAAAUAUCACUAUCAAAUUACAUGCUGUUUUUAUAUCAUUCUCAUAGAUCUGCCUUAUAAACAUCUA